GUCCUUCAAGAGUUAAAACCACAAGACGAAAAUUCGAAAUGCUUUGAGUGCGGUACACAUAAUCCCCAGUGGGUUUCAGUGACGUAUGGUAUAUGGAUAUGUUUGGAAUGCUCAGGCAAACAUCGAGGCCUAGGCGUGCACAUAUCGUUUGUGCGUUCUGUCACUAUGGAUAAGUGGAAGGAUAUUGAAUUGGAAAAAAUGAAAGUUGGCGGAAAUAGCAAGGCUCGAGAGUUUCUAGAGGAGCAACCUGAUUGGGAUGAUCGUGCACCCAUUGUUCAACGUUACAAUUCUAAUGCUGCUGCCUUGUACCGGGACAAAAUAUCUUCUUUGGCUCAGGGCAAAUCAUGGGACUUUUCGGAAGCAAAACAACGUAUUUCUGUCCCCAGUGGCCUCGGCGGUGGAAGCUUAGAUGAUAAAAAUGUUCGAUAUAUGUCCCAUUCUAAAAGCAGUUUGUCUCAUAGUUCUGACGGUGGUUAUCAGACAGAAGCAAAUAUGGGAGCUGGAUGUAAUACAAACAGUUAUCAGCAAUUUAAUACGCAAGCGUUCAAGGAGCAAAAAGAAGAGUUUUUCGAGCGGCGAAAAAUUGAGAACGCAUCACGGCCUGACAACUUGCCUCCAAGCCAAGGUGGAAAGUAUUCUGGUUUCGGGUAUUCUUGCGAUCCACCAACGAAAACUCAAUCCCAGGAAAUUAUAGACACGACGCUUUCAUCAUUGGCAUCGGGUUGGAGUUUACUUUCUGCAGGGGCAUCCAAAAUUGCCAGCACCGCAAAGGAGAAAGCUGUAACGACUGUAAACUUGGCUUCGUCAAAGAUCAAAGACGGCGGUUUGCUAGAAACCGUCCAAGGUCACGUUUCCGAUGUAGCUUACAAGGUGACAGAUAUUGGAAAAAAAGGUUGGAACAACAUUGGAGGGAGUAACGUUGCACCUAAUCACUUUAAUGCAGUUGGAAACAACAAUAGUGCAAAUGAUAAUUCCUACCAACGAUCACAUUCCAUUGGUGGUGGCGGUGACUGGGAUUGGGAAAAUAGUGCGCCGAAGCAAACUAUUACUCAGUCGAAUUCAUACCACAACCAACUAAGUGAAUCGAACGAUAAUGACUGGUCAGGCUUCGACUCAACCGGAUAUCAAACUUCUUAUCAACAAACGAAAGGUCGCAGUGAUGAAUUGAGCACUACUUCCGGACGUAAAAAUAUGAAGCUUCAAGCUACUUCUCGAAAAUUGUGCGAAGGUUUCAAUAGUCUUGACGUUAAAAGUGUGCCAAACAAGAGCGCCACAAAUGGAAAAGGCACAGAAGAGGACGCUGCUUGGGAUUUGUUAAUGAAUUAAAUUAUAUAUAAAAUUUUUAAUAAUUUGAACCCUUCUUAAACUUCUAACAAUAUCAAAGAUAUGUAUUUUAAAUGUUAUAUAAGAAAGUGUUUACAAAUA